UUGGCCCAUCCCAUCGGGGCGCUCAGGGCACAGAGUGGCCGUGCCGGUGGGCCAGCUGGAGAUGGCAGUGCUGGGGGCGGCCUGCAGGGGCCCCACAAUGCUCUGGGAAAGGAGCAGAGCAGAGCCAAGGAAGGGCCCGGAAAGGACUGGAAAGCAGCUGGACAUAGCUGCUGCCAUGGCGAGGGCUGGCUGUUGCUGGCGCGUGGCCGUCCGAGUGGCCCUGGAGCUGACCCUGGCCAGCUGUGUGUGGGGGCUGUGCCCGGCCGGCUGGCUGCCAUACAGGAACACGCUUUGCCUCUUUGUCCCGGCCAAGGGGCCUGCCCUAUCCUGGAGCCAGGCCAGAGCCUUCUGCCAGGAGAGAAAGGCAGAAUUAAUUGUCAUCGGGGAUUACAAGAAGCAGAUUUUCCUGACGGAGCUCACGGACCGUGGAGGGGGGCCUGGAUCUCAGUACUGGAUGGGGCUGGCCCGGCUCGCAGGAGAGGCUGAGCUCACCUGGGUGGAUGGCACCCCAAUUUCAAAGAGCUGGUACAGGAAUUGGUUGUGGAGCCACCCCAAGGGGGAGCACUGUGUGCAGCUUGUGGGCUUCUACCUCAACCAGUGGAGAGACUGGGACUGCAACAGCACCAGCUCCUUCAUCUGUGAGAUGCCAGCUACGGAUGCCUUCCCCAGCUCCGUGAGGGCUGUGCGUUUCCGCGCCCACUGCUACACAUUCCACUUCCCUGCGCUCUGGGAAAUGAGGACUUGGCCGCAAGCGUUGGCUUUUUGCAAGCAGUCUGGGGGGAGCCUAGCAAGUGUCCAAGGUGAAGAUGAGAACGUCUUCCUGUCUGAUGCCUUUCCUGCAGAUGGCUGGCACAUGUGGAUUGGGCUGCAGUUCAGCACGGCGUGGCGGUGGAGCGACACCACCGUCCCUGUCUACUACAAGUGGCAUCAUCCCGUGGCUAAUCUGUCUGGCCAGUGUGCAGUGAUGGCUCUCCGCCCAUCUGACCUUUCUCGACACGGAACAUGGGAGACCAGAGGGUGCGACACCGAGCCCCCUACCAAAGCCACUGGCUUCUUCUGCAAAUACAGCCCUGGUUCCUGCGGGCUCCCUGCUCCCGUGGAGUUCCCCCUCCCCGGCGGGAUGGGCCCGUAUGCCACGGCUGAUGUCGUUUUCUCCUUGCCCCGCUAUUCUGUGUGCACUGUGAUGCUGACCAAGGCCUACACCAGGGCAGCGCUCUUCCAGCUGCGCCUAGAGUCCAAUGCCACACAUGUGUAUGGCAGCCUGGCUGCUGAAUUCACCGGGGCUUCGGUGCAGAAGGAGUUAGUUCCAGUGCCCUUUGCCGCUGGGCUCAGUACAUGGGGCUUCAUCACUUUCCCGGCUGGCAUGAUUGGCUUCUUCAACCACCAGGAGCAUUUCCGAGUGUUCAGUGACCAGGCCAUCUCCUUUGCCAACCUUGGCUCCUUGCUGAUCUCUGGAGUGACCGUGGCUAAUGCAUCUCUAGGUAAACACACGCUGGGAGCUGCGUUAGAAAGAGAAAGCCGAGCUCAUUGGUUCCAAUCCGACCCAGGCCAGCAGUGA